UGCAUUCGAAUCAUGUAUGAUGAUCCUAAUGUGGGAGAAGGCGGACACUCACAGCAUUUGUCUCUUUUGGGCAGGGCAAAAGGUGAAUCCACAAAGGGCCGCUCUUUGGGGCCCCGCAAUAUAAAGGGAAAAUGUCAAAUCGUCUACAUUCUCUUCGUUCUGGUGGAAUUUCAAGGAGUAAAUCAGAAGGGACGUUAAUUGACUUUGAUGACCAUAAGCCAACAAAUAAUAAUACAGAUAACCCAGGGAAGGAACUGGAAUUACUUAUUGACUGGACCGAUGUAUUCCAAAGCCAUUCUCAGAAUUUUUCAAAAUCUACAAAUCCGUUUCACAAUGGACUUUCCGAAUCAAACCCAUUCCUCUCUGAUUUGGUUCAUGCUAACACAGUUUCAAAGGACAGCAACCAUAUUUCCAUCUUGAAAGAAGAUCCUUAUUUAUUGUUUAGAGAUUCUGAAAACAGAAAAUCGUUUGCAUCUUCAGGAGAUGAUUUUAAUAUUAAUAGUUUAUUAACAAAGUCUACUGCAAAGAAAUAUGCAAGAUCUAAGAGUGUUUCCGACUUGGACAUUUUAGAUACAAAUGAAGGUGACAUUCAGGAUAAUUCUGGGCAAAUUCUUGCUCCAGAUUUGGAAUGGCUUCAAAAUGACCGUGAGGCAUAUAAAAUGGCUUGGUUGAGCCACAGGCAGCUAACAAGAUCUUGUCUUGAUUUGGAUAUUGUUAGCCAAAGCCCUGGAUGGGCACAAACACAAGCUGCCGAUACACAUAUUUUUUGUAAACUAGAUCACGAUGGUGGUUCGGUACAACUACCUAAUUCUGAUAUAACUCUUCAUGUCCCUGAAGGUCAUGUAGCUCCUGGGGAAUUUCAAGACAUCUCUUUAAAAGCUCUUCUCAAUCCACCACCUUCACUUAAUAAUAACCUUUCAACAACUGUAAGUCCUCUUCUUGAAAUAACAUUAAGCAAUAUCAAUACAGCUGAAGAUCUUUUGUUGGAAAUGAAACUUGCUGUUGAGAUAAAGAAGGAUCCUUAUAGUCAGGUAAUGAUGGAAAUUGUAACCUUUUACAGUUACAAAAAAGAAGGUCCUUUUGAAAGACUUCCAAAUGGCUACAUUUAUGACAACACUUUACAAAUUAAAUUACCCAUCCUGAGCCCAGUAACAUAUAUUGUAACUGCUGCACAGGUAAAAUCUGUUGAACAUGCAGUAACUAGUGUAUUUGACCACAUUCAUAAAAUUGUAAGUGUGGCAAUUUAUGGACCUAGGCAUAUCCAUCCUGCUUUCACAACUGUUUUGGCUGUCAUAGGACACAACUAUGCUCCAGCAAAGCUCACAGUUGAUGACAUUAAAAAGCGUGGAAAAAAUAUGCCACCAGUUGUAUUUCAGCUCUGGGGGAAAAAUCAACUCCUUCUUGACAAUAUUCCUGACCUAUCAGUUUGUUUUAUUUCAAGUGACUCCAACUUUGAAAUGAAAGCUGUUGAUAACAAAAAUGGAAUCAGCGUACAACAGCUAAAAACAGGGAAUAUAAUCCGAACACAAUUUCCAUUUUCAUUAAAAAGUAAUGGAGAUGUUCAGCCAUUUGUUUUCAUGGUCCAAAUUAUGGACACCAAGAAUUCAUCUUUAAUUUCAGAAUUCAGUGUGGAAACACCCAGUCCUGCCCCCAAAAUACACUGUAAAUCUAAAGAUAAAUCACAACUACAAAAAGGCAAACAAAUGAUGUCUGCUCCUAUGCCACUAAUAAAUACUGUGAAAUAUCCUACAUUUCAGGAUAAGACUUUAAAGAUAUCUACCUUUGGUGUGACUUUAAAAACUGUUUUACGACAGCAAAAGAUUGAUUAUCUUCUUGAAUAUUUUAAAGGAGACACUGUUGCACUUCUUGGUGAAGACAAAGUAAAAGCAAUUGGACAGGCUAAAGUAAAGGAAUGGUAUGUGGGUGUUUUGAGAGGAAAGAUUGGACUUGUACAUUGCAAAAAUGUAAAGAUAAUUUCCAAGGAGCAAGUCAUUGAUUUUCCAGAUGCGCAAUUUACAACCAAAAUGCUUUUAGAACAAAUUGCUUUGCCAUUUAAAAAACUGACUUACAUUUAUUCUUCAGUGCUUUCACAAGUGUCUGAAAAAGUUUAUGACUGGAAAUGUCUAGCUAAUGUGCUAGGAUACUCACAUUUAUCACUAGAUGAUAUCUGUCAUGCAAACACAGAAAAGGAAUCUGAAAGAGUGUCUUGUGUUGUGAAGAAACUAAAGGAGGACUGUCACGCUGAUUCCAAAAAGAGGAGGUUUCAUUAUGAACUAAUGAUAGGUCUAUUGAAGAUGGAUUGUCAAGGACUAGUGGCUCGUCUUACACAAGAUACCAUCAUUUUGACUGCUGCAGUACAGCUAGGUGUCCGUUGGAGGGAGUUGGCUGAGAAACUAACUAGGCUUACUAGACAACAAAUUGAAGCAUACGAAAUUCCUCACCAUGGAAAAACUGGAGAAGUCAGUUUGCAAAUGAUGUGGAAACCUGCUUUUGACUUCCUAUACAAUUGGGGUGCUCACUAUGGAGAAAGCUACAGAGAUGUUUUACAAGACUUGCACUGUGCUUUGGAUAGGAUGAAAUAUCCGGUGACCAGGCAGUGGAGAGAAUUGACAGGAGCUCUUAUUCUUGUGAAUUGCCUUGAGAUCUUCAGAAUUAAUGCUUUUUCUAUGUUUGAAGAAUGAACAAAUUUGAUAUGAAUUUACUUAUUUAUCUGUAGAUAUAAAAUAUAUUAAUAUUUUUUUAAAGUAUUACUGUAAUGUUUUGAGUUUGUUUUCAUCUGAAAAAGAAACACUCAAAUUUCUUUGUAUAAAAUAAUGACUCUCAAACUCUAGUUUUAUAUAAUAUUAGUGUCAUAAACAUAAUCCAAAAGUUUACUGCUAUGUUUACUUUGGUUCAUUCUGAUUUAUGUUUACAAAGCUAAAGCAACUGCAGAACUGUAAAUGCUUAGCGUAUAUAUAGUGUGAAAUAUUGUUUUCUGUUGGAUGUAUUCUAUAGUUAACAAGGAAGUGAGCGGUGCGCUCUCUUUCUUACCCUCAGCGUGUCUGUGUCUGUGUAUCCGAUUAAGGCACAUGGGAGUGUGGGGAUGACGUGUACAUCACGUGGUUCUGUGUAGGAGAAACGGCAUAUUUGUCCUCAAUGCCAGAAUAAGAGAUCAAAGUACAAAAAGAGUCCCAACACAGGCAAAUGUAGUUAAAAGUUCCAGGCUUUAAUCAGUUUGCUAAAAACAUAUAUGAGUAAAGUAUAGCCAACUACUGCAUAGCAAUGACUGACAAUGUCAUAUAUAAGCAUUCCUGUCAAGAAAGGAAAGCUGAGCUCCUCACACAGCAGACAUGUUUCAUGCUUGCAAAGCACUUGUACACUGCCAUGUUCAAAAGUUGGAUUAACGUUGGAACUUUUAACUACAUUUGCCUGUGUUGGGACUCUUUUUGUACUUGGAUGUACCCUAUACUUGCUAAUCUACAUUAUUGUGAUUUGAUGUUUUCUACAGAUUGUUUUACAGAUUGUAUUGUUAAAUUCAUUCACAUGUCUAAGUGUUUAACCCAUGCAGAGGUGUUUAGCUUAAUGAAAGGUGUGAUAUCAGGUGCAGUGCAUUGCUGCUUCUGAGAAAGACAUGAUUAGAGAGACAAUCAGAGGAAGUAUAUGCAGGUAUCACCAAUCAACAGCUUUAAAGUGCUUAUGAAUAGCAGGAUACAUAUAGAUAUACACAUACAUACAUACAUAAACACACACACAAAUUAAUAUACAGUAUAUAUAUAUAUAUAUAUAUAUAUAUAUAUAUAUAUAUAUAUAUAUAUAUAUGUACACAAACA